CUUGGGUUCUCUAAAUUACCAGUGUUAUAUUGUAGUUUCUUUUCCUUUUCUCAUGUGCAGUCUCGACCAUUUGGAGUGUCUCUUCUCAUUGCCGGUCACGAUGAGAAUGGCCCAAGCCUAUACUACACUGACCCAUCUGGUACAUUUUGGCAAUGCAAUGCCAAGGCUAUUGGCUCAGGUUCCGAAGGUGCUGAUAGCUCUCUGCAAGAGCAAUAUAACAAGGACUUAACUCUUCAAGAAGCUGAGACAAUUGCAUUGUCCAUUUUGAAACAAGUAAUGGAAGAAAAGGUCACACCCAAUAAUGUUGAUAUCGCGAAAGUGGCUCCAAGAUACCACCUUUAUACUCCUUCAGAAGUGGAGACCGUCAUCAACCGACUAUGAGAAAGCACUAUCAUUUCUAGUCGUCUCCGGUUUUGCCUGCAUUUGACGGGGAAGGUUACUUUUUUGUUUCUGCUUGUGACUUUUCUUUUAUGGAGUUUACUACAAUCUGAUGUUUGUUGGAUAAUUUUACAUCACUUCAUCAAUAUGAAAAAAAUAUAUUUUGUGCUUCGA